AUGCGUAUCCUCUCGUUCAUCACCGCACUCACUCUCAUCCUCUCCAUCUCUCUCGUUUCAGGAGAAGGAUUGCUGGGACGAAGAGACUGCGUAACGUGCCCCGACAUAGAUCUCUCGUGUCCGUCCUGCGAUGAUGGCGAGACAUGCAUUUUGAGCACCCAAACGUGUGAUGCGUGUGCUUCGGUGUCUUGUGUUAACCUCUCUGGCUCCUCUUCCGCAUCGUCCACUUCUGCAUCGUCCGAUGGAGGAGGCGGAGGUUCGAAGCAGACUGGCAGUAUCGCGGGUGGAGUUGUGGGUGGAUUAGCGUUCGUCGCACUCCUCAUCACUGCCUUCUGGUUCUGGCACCGUCGUCAAAUCCGUCGUCGGCGCGGCGGGAUCGCUCUCCCCACCCACACCCACACCGACCCCGAAAAAUGCACCACAACAGUCACCCCCAAAGACACCAACCCCAACUCUUCCACCAGCAAGAACCGGCGCACGAUGGCCUCAAUCGCCUCAACGAUCUUCACCUCCCAACCCCGCGGCUCAAACGUCAUCCCAAUCCAUCUCUCCCCCCAACUCCCCUCAAACGCGACGAUGCCCACCCUCAACAUUCCCCCCUCCCACAUCCACACCGCAAACCUCGUCCCCGUACCCUCACCUCAUCUCGCCCUUCCGCAAAAUCUCUCGACCCAAUUCUUCUCCGCGGAUGAUUUAUUACGCGUUUCGUACGCCUCAAGUCAGAAAUCUGGUCGAGAGAGUAUCGGGACCACACGGACAAGGGAUACGGCGAUGGUCGUGCCUGUGCCGGCGGCGGUGUCGGCGGGGGCGAAGGCGAGGUUGAUGACGUUGCCGGGGAAGAGUGCGAGUAGGAGGAAUUUGACGACGCCGAAGGGGGGGAGUGGGUUAGCGUCGACGUGGGAGGAUUCGGAGGAGGAGGAGAGUGAUGAUGAUGAUGAGGAAGAUGGGGUAGUUGUGCAUGCGCGUGUACAGCAGGAGGAGAAGAAGAGUCCGUUUGGGGAUGAGUUUUCGGUUAUGGAGAAGGAACUAUGA